AUGGCCUCUGCAGCGACGUCAGCGGUGCGCCGAACCGUCCACGCGACUAUUCACUCCCUUUCCAGCGCAUCCGCCGACUUGACCAAAGUAGCCAUCAACCUUCCUUCCAGCUACUCCAACUAUGUGACAUCGAACUCCUCCUCGGUCUCUACCAUCGAGAGCAGUCUGCGGUCCUUGACGUACCUCCUUCCCGGCGCCCGAUUCCAUGACACCGAAUUGGCCUCGGAAUCAGUGCAUACUUUCGUUCAACUCUUAUCCAUUUAUCAUGAUCAUCUCCUCAAGAAUCGUGCCGCAGCUUUGGCGCUUACACCCACCGUCCUCAAAGUAAGAAACCUCAAACUUCAGCAGCCGAAGCCAUCACUACAUGCUCGCUACACUACCUUCUGGACAUCGUCCUCGUCCCUAUACAAUAAGAUCGCCACGGUUUUGAAGAUUGCGCAAUACACAGAACUGCUAUGGGAGAUGAUUGCCAGGCGCCGAGGUGGCGAAAAGGCGAAGUGGCGGGUGGUGGUGAUGCUUGAAUCUUUCAAGGCCAUCUGUCGGUUGUUGUUGAUGCGCCUCACCAAUUUGCGUCCAACGGUCACACCGCCUAUGCCCCUAAGGGAAGACUUCACGCCGGUUGAACCGGAAGAACAAGAUGAAGAGUUCGCCGAGGAUGAAUUGAAGUCGGACAGCUUUGAUGUCAAAGACGCAUUAGGUGACGCUGGCGUCCCGACACCACCCCUCUCCGACUCCGGUAAACAAGCUCCAUCAUCCUUGACUACCACAGAACCGUAUAGUAUGCCUCGCACAGGAUUUACCCUUCCUACUCUACCCUCUCCCGACACCGUUCCAGCUUAUCUCCUCAACCAUGUACUUACAGCCGACGAUGUUAAACCGGCCAAGCAGCUGCUCCACCAACUGACCAGUCUGCGUGGCCAGGCCGCUGAGAUCAUGUACAUCUUACGGCCCUUGAUCUACGCCCUGCUCAUGCAACGUAUUGCUCGUACCUACGGCUACGAGGGGAGCAAAUGGAAGCGAAAUUGGACACCGUGGCUUGUGGGGGUUUCAAUUGAAUACCUUUCCCGCCAACUGGCAAAGAGGGAUCUGGCAGCAGGAGUUCCGGGCGGUGCACGAACCGGUCUCUCCGCAUUGGAGCGCGACGAGUUAAAGAAGCGCGGCUGGCAGCUCGCGUGGUGGGGGAUGCGAGGCGCAUUUUACGAGAACAUCACGAAAGUUUGGGUACAUGGUGCUGCAGCCUCGUUGAAAGGGAAACCGAUACUGGACCUGCUUGGAGGAAUCAUGGAGGAAUAUGAGUUCCUGUGGAGCAAUUACUAUUUCAGCACGUCGACAAUGUGA